AUGACCUAUAGUUCAGAAAAGUCAGCAAUGAUGCAGAAAUGUUCAAGUAAAGGGGGAUAUGGAGUGUGCUUGCGCAAAGCCUAUAGAUGCAAUGUUGGAGAUAUAGAGAUGAGGGCUAUACAGUUGGUAUCAGUGCGUUACAUGUCUGCUUUGUCCAAGACAGGAUUAAGAGAUAUCCCCCUUGAUAAAACCAAAAACAUCCUCAUCAUCUUCAUGACAGUAUUGGACCCAGCCCUCCACACCCCCAUGUAUUUCUUCCUCCGGAACCUAUCCUUCCUGGAGAUCUGCUACACCUCGGUCACCAUCCCCAAGAUGCUGGCCAAUUUAAUCUCUGAGGAGAGGGGCAUCUCCUUCACUGGAUGCACUGCCCAGAUGUAUUUCCUCCUUUCUCUUGGGACAGCAGAGUGCUACCAGCUGGCUGCCAUGGUGUAUCACCGCUACAGAGCCACCUGCUCCCCUCUGCACUACACUCUCCUUAUGAACCACAGGGCCUGCGCCAAGAUGGCCACUGCCUGCUGGCUCUGCGGAAUUCUGAUGCCAAUUCAGAAUGUGGCUUGGACCUUUUCCUUGCCCUAUUGUGAGCCCAAUGAGAUCAACUACUUCUUCUGUGACAUCUCCCCAGUUCUGAAGCUGGCCUGUGGGGACACCUUGAGGAAAGAGGCCUCCAUCCUAGCCCUCAGUGUUUUGAUCAACCUGUCCCCCUUCUUGCUGGUUGUGGUGUCCUAUGCUCGAAUACUCUCCAGGAUCCCGAAGACCCCAUCAGCUGAGGGAAGGCACAAGGCCUUCUCGACCUGCUCCUCUCAUCUCACUGUGGUCACCUUGUUCUACAGUUCAGCCUGUGCUAUUUACCUGUGGCCGAAGUCCACCCCCAAAUGGGGGACACAGAUAUUUAAGCAACCUGAUAUCUGCUACUCUCACCCUAAUUACAGAGAAUUGAUAUCCUAA